AUUUCCGGAAUUAUGGCGGCUGCCAUGGUCCUAUUUCCAUGUCGGGGGUUUGGGCCUGGGAGAAAUUUUUGCUUCCGUUCUGUUUGUGUUGCUUCCUUGGGGUGGCAGGGUGGCUUGGUGAGGUGUAGUAGUUCGGAGGCAGUGUAUGAUGUAGUGGUAUCAGGCGGUGGCAUGGUCGGAAGCGCCAUAGCUGCUGCACUAGGAAAUAAUGUUCAUCUCCAUGAAAAGAAAAUCUUGCUACUUGAAGCUGGUCCCAAGAAAGCAACUAACCAGUUGCCGAAAAGUUAUAGUAACCGAGUCAGUGCUAUAACCCCUGGCUCAGCCACACUUCUUAAUAGCUUUGGUGCUUGGGAUCAUAUUUGCAGUAUGAGAAUCAAGCCUUUUCGACGAAUGCAGGUGUGGGAUGCUUGUUCUGAAGCCAUGAUAAUCUUUGAUAAAGAUAAUCUGGAAGACAUGGGAUAUAUAGUAGAGAAUGACGUUAUCAUGUCUGCUCUAACCAAACAACUGGAUGCCAUGUCAGACCGAGUGGAAGUUCUCUACAGGAGCAGAGCAGUUGGGUACACCUGGCCCCUUCCCUAUCAGACCUGUGAUGCAAGCCCUUGGGUUGAAAUUGAUUUAGCAGAUGGACGCAGACUUCAGACCAAACUGCUGAUUGGUGCAGAUGGGCAGAAUUCCAUGGUCCGGAAAGCAGCUGGAAUUCAGAAUAUUCAAUAUCAGUAUGAUCAGUCAGCAGUGGUGGCUACUCUUCACUUGUCUGAGGCAACAGAUAACAAUGUAGCAUGGCAAAGAUUCCUUCCAUCUGGACCGAUUGCUCUUCUCCCGCUAUCUGACACUGCCAGCUCUUUGGUUUGGUCCACGUCACACGAACAUGCGGUGCAACUUCAGAGUAUGGAUGAGGAAAGUUUUGUGGACUCCAUCAACUCUGCUUUUUGGAGCAAUGCAAAUCACUCUGACUUCAUUGAUACUGCUGGAUCCAUGUUCCGAUCGACCCUUUCUCUGCUGAUGCCAUCAGGGUCUGCAGCUCGUCAGUUGCCCCCAAGUGUUGCAAAAGUGGAUCCAAAGAGCCGAGCUGUGUUCCCUCUUGGACUGGGGCAUGCAACCGAAUAUGUCCAACAUCGAGUGGCCCUUAUUGGGGAUGCAGCUCACAGAGUACAUCCUCUAGCUGGUCAAGGCGUAAAUAUGGGAUUUGGUGAUAUUGCAUGUUUGACGCGUCAUCUCAGUGCUGCAGCAUUCAAUGGGAAGGACCUGGGCUCUUUAAAUCAUCUGCUGCAGUAUGAACAAGAACAGCAGAGGCACAACCUUUCUAUGAUGGCUGCAGUCGACCUGCUGAAGAGGCUGUACUCUACAAGCUCAGCUCCUUUUGUGCUGUUAAGAACUUGGGGAUUACAAGCAACUAAUGUGGCAACUUCAGUUAAAGAGCAGAUCAUGGCAUUUGCCAGUAAAUGACCUCCUUAUGAAGCUAAAUUUCCUAUUCAUGGCCAACUGCUGGAGACUUAGACUUCAUAUGUAAAGGUUGUAUUGCAUUUGAUUUAAGAUAUUUGAAUAGAUGGAAAAAAGAGGAACAUGAGGUUCUUAUGUCUGCUUGUUAUAGCUGAAGACUUUUUUCAUUCAGAGAGACCAAGCAGCUGGUUCUCUCCUAUAAUGCCAAUAUUUUUUAAUCCUAAACCAGUGCUGGACUUCUGAAACCUGGAAAGUUUGUUUGGCAGCAGAGGUACAUUAUUGGAAAGAGUUUACUUGCGGCCAUAGCUAAAGCCCAGGUUAUUUUUUCAUUCUUUGAAGACAUGACAUGCACAAGGGCAGGUGAAGGAUCACUUCCAGCUCACGUUCUGAGACCGGCCAGGCUGGUGAUUACUCAGGAGUCACUCAAUUCUUCCUAUUUCAGCAUCUUUUUCAGCCUUGGCUGUUAGUUUUGCAAUGUCUGGUUGUGACAAAAACCAUAUAGGGCUGUGGCUUGCCUGUUCUCUCCUAAGGAUUACGGCAGCAUUCUCAUUCAUCGUUAGGCUUGAGUAUCAAGAGUGAGGAUCAAUUACAGGCAAGAGUCCAAAAACAUUAUGUUAAAAUAUCAUUUAAUUACUAAAAUAGACAUUCAAAGGGCCCUGUCUUGAUCACGUACCAGUCAGCUAAUCCCAAUGCUGUCCAUUUAACUGAUCUGCAGCACCCAAGAAAUAUGAAUACAGCUAAGAAACAGAGAUAAUUAUGCUGCCCUUUUGCAGCCAACCAAACUGAGAACAAAGAAUGAAUGAAAAGAUAUUUGAUAGCAUGUAGCCUGCACUCAUAUUGCGCUACAUAUGUAGACACUGGAGAGGCUCAGUCUAUUCACUGUUCAGCUUAAAUUUUUGUGGUAAUUUAAGCUAAACUAAAAUGUCUGCUACACCAGGAUUAAAUAUACUAAAAACUG